CCAUCACAUUUAAAGCUGUGUUACUAUCCCACCCCCUGAAAUAAAUACUGGGACCUGAGAGGAGCAAGUUCAUUCUCACGUUUAUCAUUUAGUGGAGGGAACAUAGUUUGCCAGCAUGGAUUUAACUUUUCUUGUAUUUAUCUUACUACCAAUCGCAGCUGUUUCAUAUAAGGUGAAUAUGCCCUCCGAAGUCCUGUUUAAGGUGGGUGACAGGAGGACGUUGACGUGCAGCCUGCCCUCAUGCCCGGAGCGAGUGACGUUUUCUUGGACUGCGUUAGAGGACAAACCGCUAUACGCCAACAUGGAGAGCAAGCACACACAUUCCUUGUUGAUCUUUGAAAAUGUCACGAAUAAUCACGAAAACACCGUAGUGUGCAAAGCAACCUGUGGGAAGGACUCAAAACAGAGGAAAACUGCGAUUAGAGUUUAUUCUUUUCAAAGAAACCCAGUUAUAACCGGGAACGAGCACAUGAUACUCGGCGAGGAGAGCGUCUUGACCUGUGAGGUAUCUCAUGUACACCCGUCAGAUUACCUUGAAGUCGAAUUGCUAUAUGAAGACAAAGUUCUGGUCAGGAAAGAAGGGGGAGAUGGUACCGAUAGUUUGAAGAUAUCCCACACAUUCCAACCUUCAAGGGAAGACGACGGAAAGGAAAUAACCUGCAGAGCAUCACUUAAUGUUAAAGGCAUACCACCUGAUGAGAGGACCAAAGAGACAUCUGGACACCUGAGGGUUCUUUCUGCACCUCAUAAUCUUCGAAUAUCUGGAUUAACCGCAGUCUCACUGGGAUCCAGUUUAACUUUGACCUGUGAGGCAGAGGCCAGCCCUAAGCUCGAGUUUACAUGGACGUCACUUAAACCAGAUGGCCAGUCUGUCGAAAUAGGAAAACAACGAGAGAUCUCCAUACGCAAUGUGACCCUAUCUGAUGCCGGUGUUUACCAGUGUGAAGUUAGCAAUAAUUUGGGAAGACAAAUUAUCAACGUUUCUGUUGUCGUUCAAGCACCUCCAAUGAAUACGAUCAUUGAAGCAAGUCAAAAAACAGUUCUGAUGGAGGGAGACUCCGUAAGCAUCUUCUGCAAAUCCGAUGGGGUCCCAGUGGAUCGUGUGGUGCUGAGACAAAUGCUGGAUAGCAGAACAACAGAGCUGAAGAGCAGCGUUGGGUCUGAAACAUCAUUUACCUUUGAAUCUGUCAAGGUGUCCGACUCUGGCUUUUAUGAAUGUACGGCCUUCAAUACGUUUGGAAGUCAGAGUGCUUCUCUUAGCCUUACAGUUGAAGCUGCACCUCAUAAUCUCCGAAUAUCUGGAUUAACCGCAGUCUCACUGGGAUCCAGUUUAACUUUGACCUGUGAGGCAGAGGGCAGCCCUGAGCUUGAGUUUACAUGGACGUCACUUAAACCAGAUGGCCAGUCUGUCGAAAUAGGAAAACAACGAGAGAUCUCCAUACGCAAUGUGACCCUAUCUGAUGCUGGUGUUUACCAGUGUGAAGUUAGCAAUAAUUUUGGAAGACAAACGGACAAUGUUUCUGUUGUCGUUCAAGCACCUCCAAUGAAUACGAUCAUUGAAGUAAGUCAAAAAACAGUUCUGAUGGAGGGAGACUCCGUAAGCAUCUUCUGCAAAUCCGAUGGGGUCCCAGUGGAUCGUGUGGUGAUGAGACGAAUGCUGGAUAGCAGAACAACAGAGCUGAAGAGCAGCGUUGGGUCUGAAACAUCAUUUACCUUUGAAUCUGUCAAGGUGUCCGACUCUGGCUUUUAUGAAUGUACGGCCUUCAAUACGUUUGGAAGUCAGAGUGCUUCUCUUAGCCUUACAGUUGAAGCUGCACCUCAUAAUCUCCGAAUAUCUGGAUUAACCGCAGUCUCACUGGGAUCCAGUUUAACUUUGACCUGUGAGGCAGAGGCCAGCCCUGAGCUUGAGUUUACAUGGACGUCACUUAAACCAGAUGGCCAGUCUGUCGAAAUAGGAAAACAACGAGAGAUCUCCAUACGCAAUGUGACCCUAUCUGAUGCUGGUGUUUACCAGUGUGAAGUUAGCAAUAAUUUUGGAAGACAAACGGACAAUGUUUCUGUUGUCGUUCAAGCACCCCCAAUGAAUACGAUCAUUGAAGCAAGUCAACAAACAGUUCUGAAGGAAGGACAGUCCAUAAGCAUCUCCUGCAAAUCCGAUGGGGUCCCAGUGGAUCGUGUGGUGCUGAGACGAAUGCUGGAUAGCAGAGCAACCGAGCUGAAGAGAAGUGUUGGGUCUGAAACAUCAUUUACCUUUGAAUCUGUCAAGCUCUCCGACUCUGGCUUUUAUGAAUGUACGGCCUUCAAUCAGUUUGGAAGUCAGAGUGCUUCUCUUAGCCUUACAGUUGAAGCUUAUUUGCUUGAAGUGGAACUCCAACCAAGUGAUGCGAUCAUAGCAGAAAGCGGCUCCAGCUUUACGCUUUCCUGCAAUGCUUCAGGUUGCCCCCAACCCAUGUUCUCCUGGAAGAGUCUUGGAAAUCUACCAAACCGAGGCCUUAUUAAAACCGAUGGCUUAUUGUCCAAGCUGUUCCUCAACCCGGUGAAGGUGGAAGAUGAAGGAACUUACACCUGUGAGGUCACAUGCGGCUCAGCUGCGAAGUCCAAGCAGACCAAAGUGAAUGUGUUCUCGUUUCCUACAAGUCCUGUGGUAGAAAGUCCCGGACCUUCUCUGGAGGGAGAGAUGAUACAGUUGACCUGCACCGUUCUGGAUGUUUUCCCAGCCAAUUUCUUCCGAAUUGUGUGGACGGAUGGGGAGCGGGAACUUCAUUCUGAAUCUGGGAUGUUUUCGAGUCAUCUUCAGAAUCUGACUUCGGUGUUGUCUUAUCGCGUAGAGGCUAAAGACCAAGACAAAUUAAUGACCUGCAAAGUCUCACUGGAUAUGAAUGGUGUACCGGCAGCUCAAACUGUAAAGACGGCUUCAACAGCAUUGUCCGUUCACUAUCCUCCCAGAGGGACCAGGAUAACUGUGAUCCCACAGGGCGAGCUCAAAGAAGGAGAAUCUGUGAGCAUUUCCUGCCUGUCCGACAGCGUUCCAGUAGGGCGCGUGGAACUGAUCAGGGUUGUGGAUGGGAUAGAAACAGAGCUGAUGGCCAGGGAUGGGGUUGAAACAUCGGUUAUCCUCACGCCUCUUGAGCUGGAUGACUCCGGCCUAUAUGUGUGCAAAGCGUCUAACCGGCAUGGAAGUGAAAGUGAUAGUGUUGAAAUUAAAGUGAAAGCACCACCCAGGAACACAACGGUGGAGGUCUUCCCAUCCUUUGAGGUUCAGGAGGGCCAAAAUAUCACCAUCUGUUGUAACUCCGUGAGCUUUCCUCCACCUGCGGUGGUCCUCAGGAAGCUGGAUAGCGAGUCAGUCAUCUACUCUCUCGAUGGCGUCUUUCAGCUGAUCAACCUUACUGCCAAAGACACAGGACUGUACCAGGUCAAUGUCACCAAUGAUUUGGGCUACGAAACUGAGAUUUUCACUAUACAUGUGAUGGAGAAAAGAUUUAAGUCUCCACCAAGCUGGACUGAUUUUAUAACCCCUGCAAUCUGCCUGGGAGCCACUGCAGCACUUGUUGGUAUUAUGGUGUAUCUCUGGAGAGACCGAAAGAAGGGUUCGUACGAUCUCACGAAGUGCAAUCCGGACACCGUAUAGACUCAUUUUGAACUCCACAAACUGUCAGUAUGAGGCACGCCCUGCCGAACUGUCCCGUAAGAGUCAGAGCUUUCCCGAAGCUAGAACGGCAGGUGAGCGGAUUUCCAAUCGCCACGUCAGGUGAUACUUAAGAACCAGCGUUCUCCGCAGCCGGAGACAAUCAAGGUGUCUGUCGUUUGACGUGAACGAGGGAAAUGGAUUGGUGAAGUUUCUUCACAGUUUUGAGAAGUGGCAGCUGUCUUUUAAGCAGUGAAUUCGAUUACACUGAUUUCUAUAAACGACUGUGCAAUAUGAAUGUAAUAUUUAGGCAUUAAAACUAAAUAUAUAAAUGUGUGACCGUGUUUGUGAAAUCCAUGUUGAAGUCUAAUAAUCUAAUAAUGGGACGUGGAGCAUUAAAUGCGCAGUAAAUCACAUAUAAAAUGACUUUAGCUUGGUUUUCACAGGUAGGGUCACAUAGUGUUCCUUGAUUUUCUAUUGACUAAAGGUACACAGCAUUAAGACACAGUUUCAGCACAUGACACAUGAAAGUUUAAUUUUAUUGUGCGUGAUUCAAGUGUGCAUAUUAUUUUUUUCUCAAAAUGCAAUAUAACUUGUUUUGCCUCUUUGUCUGAUGUCACAGAGCCUUGUUUAUUUUACCUAUUUUAAAGAAAUCAGUUUUUAUGAUACAAUUAAUUUGCAAGAAAAUAUUAAGUCCUGUCGAUCAGUAAUAUGUCUGGAAGUGAAAUUAAAGUGCUCAGACGCAAAAGCUGCUAAAUGGCGCCACCUCUGGCAUAAUUCAGCCUGAUUCGUACGUAUUUUACAAGUUGGCUAGUGAAUCGUAAAUAAACAUACGAAUAUCUUAAGAACAAUAGCGAAACCCCAUCACAGGGUUCAAGUGGUUAUACAAAUGAAUACGAAUAGCCACCUCUUAAAUACGUACGAAUUGCCAUGAGAUAGCGUUGGAAAUACUGCUUUGUUGGCAGAAUCUGUUAAAUACCAAUGAACGACGGUGUGUAUACAUGUAACCGUGGGUUCACGCCAGCCGUGUUUGAAGCGUCAAAAUCGCGUCUACCGCGUCUAGUUUGCCGCUUCAACAGUUUGAGUUUACUCACUUCAUUUGCGCAUGAAAGCCGCGCGUUAAAUUCUAGUCAUCGAGACAUUCCCGCUGAAAAUUCGCAUCAUGGGAGGGGCUUCUGCGACUCCGCUCGCAUUCUGUAAUCACGUCACUACUAGAGCAAGCUCCUGAGUGGUUAACGCGGCACAUGUUUCCGGCAAAGUUCAAAUUUUUCAACUCUCGCGUUUUUCAAUUUCAAUUUUUCAAUUCGCGCCAUUCGCGCGAACUAGACGCGUGAUUGAGGCGCAAUCGCGUCUACUGCGCCGCGUUAAAUGCCUCAUUCGCGCCGCAAGACGUGCAUCAAUGCGUCUUCACAUUGACUUAACAUGGAAAUCACUCACAACAUUUUUAAGUUUACUCACUUCAUUUGCGCAUAAAAGCCGCGCGUUAAAUUCUAGUCAACGAGACAUUCCCGCAGAAAAUUCACAUCACUACUAGAGCAAGCUCCUGAGUGGUUAACGUGGCACAUGUUUCCGGCAAAGUUCAAAUUUUUCAACUCUCGCGUUUUUCAAUUUAAAUUUUUUAAUUCGCGCCAUUCGCGCGAACUAGACGCGCGAUUGAGGCGGAAUCGCGGCUACUGCGCCACGCUAAAUGCCUCAUUCUUUUUUCUGCCAAAGUUAAAAUUUUUAAACUAGACUCGCGAAUGAGUUUACUCGCUUCAUUUGUGCAUGAAAACCGCGCAUUAAAUUCUAGUCAACGAGACAUUCCCGCAGAAAAUUCGCAUCAUGGGAGGGGCUUCUGCGACUCCGCUUGCAUUCUGUAAUCACGUCACUACUAGAGCAAGCUCCUGAUUGGUUAACGCUGCGCGUUUUUCCGCCAAAGUUAAAAUUUUCAACUCUCGCGUUUUUCAAUUUAAAUUUUUCAAUUCGCACCAUUCGCGCGAACUAGACGCGCGAUUGAGGUGGAAUCGCGGCUACUGCGCCACGCUAAAGGCCUCAUUCGCGCCGCAAGACGUGCGUCAAUGCGUCUUCACAUUGACUUAACAUGGAAAUCACUCACAACAUUUUGAGUUUACUCGCUUCAUUUGCGCAUGAAAGCCGCGCGUUAAAUUCUAGUCUACGAGACAUUCCCACAGAAAAUUCGCGUCAUGGGAGGGGCUUCUGCGACUUCGCUUGCAUUCUGUAAUCACGUCACUACUAGAGCAAGCUCCUGAUUGGUUAACACGGCGCGUUUUUCCGUCAAAGUGAACAUUUUCAACUCUCGCGUUUGCCGUGGCAACGCUCAAUUCGCGCCAUUCGCGCAAACUAGACGUGCGAAUGAGGCGUAAUCGCGUCUCCCGCGCCGCCCUAAAUGCCUCAUUUGCGCCGCGAGUCCUCCAGAUGCGCGUCAAUGCGUCUUCACAUUGACUUAACAUUGAAAUCACUCACGCUUGACGCCUCUACCGCAGCUGGUGUGAACGCAGCAUAAGACUCUUUUAAUAUUUUUCUUAUAUUUUAGGAUAUUAACGGAAUUUAUGAGCCUUUUACCUUUAUUCACAAAGGACAUUAAAAAGAGACUUUUUUAGAAGUGGAAAUCUUACAGGGUUUUGCAGCGAAAGACCGUCAAAUGUUCUAAAUACCGUACUUAUUAAAAGACUAAAACGACAUUUGUGAAAAUAUGGCAUUUCAAUUACUGACUAAUAACAUUUUCAUUGCCAUUAAAGUAAAAUUAUUGAAUCUAAACAUAAGAGCCUGAUAUAUAAAAAAAAUGCUCAGUUACAAGAAAACAUAUCAGACGCACUUAUUGAGAGUUUUAAUGUCUGUUUAAAGAAUAUGCUGUAUAACUGUCUGUAUUUAAAUCAAUGUGUUGUUUAUAUAUUUGAAUGAUGUUUUCUGUUUAAUAAAUAUUUUUUUAAACAACCAA